ACUCGUUUCGUUUUAAGUACAGAAAAACUAUAACUCAGUCUAGACAAAAAAAACUGAUAAUAUAUUAGAGAUUCGCGCAUUCUCAUCUCGGGAAGAAGUACCGACGGUGGAGGCUGACGUAGAGUGGUGAUGGCGAAUCGUGAACUUUCUUAUUAGAGCGUGUGCAGAGAGAUAAAAAAAAAGUCGCGAGAUAAAUCGAGAACAUUUGAUUCUGUCUCGUUAUCGAUAUUGUCGCCAGGACAACCUCUUCGUGAGUGAUGUUCGCACGACGACGAUGAAGAUAUGCUCGCGUUAAUUAGUUGAGUACGGCGUCAAUCACAGAUGUGAACAUUAAGAACAGCGACCGAAAGCUGUCGCACCGUUGUCCCUCUCCUGCCCCUCUAAGUCGCAAAGAACCCAACCUUGACGGGGUGAUAGCGAUCAAGAAGAGUAGGUGAAAGAAAAAGAAAAGGGGUAGCAGAAGGUGCGAUAAAAGGCAUCUGAAGAAUAAGGAGAAAGUAUCAUACAAAUGUGCAAACGAAUUUGUGCACACCGCAGCCGAAUUACAUAUAUAUAUCCAUAGGUAUAUAUAUGUACAAAAUAAGCCGAAAUUCGCAGUCUCGCGCUACCUUAAAAGAAAAGAAUACUUUUUUAAUGUCUGCUGUCAUAUCACGAAGAAUGGGAGCGACGCACCGCUCAUGUUGCAGUGCAGGGUCGCGAUGGAUCUAAAUCCGCCACUGGGCGCUAUAUAUGUUCCGCCGUUAUAUGCACUGUGGGUUGCAUACACUUUUUCGUUCGCGAGUGCGAAAGUAAGUGCUGGUAAGUGCGCGGGAGCGCGCGAUGAGAAGCGCGAUUAUAGUCGCCGCGACGUUGAGAGAGAGAGAGAGAGAGAAGUGAAGGAAAGAGAGAGAGAAAGAGAGUGAGUAUGAGUGAGUGAGAGGGCAAGAGAGAAAGCUAUGAACGCACGCAAGCGCGAGCGAGUGACAGAGAGGGAGUGAGAAAGAAAGUAAAAAGUGAGAGACAGAGAGAGAGAAAGAGGGAGAGAGAGGAGGACGAGGCGAAAGAUUCGAGGAUGCGACGGGGUGCCUGCACCCGUGCGUGAAUCACGCUUCAGAAACGCUCUCUCCUCGCCGUCCUCGAGUGCGCCCUAGUGUGCUCACCGCGACAUUGACCCGUGUGUCGUGGCUGGACGCCGCCGACGGCAGACAGCCAACCACCCCAGUGAUCGAGCGAGAAAAGUAGCGAUCAGCGUCUCUUGGCGCCGACAGCCGGAAGGGAAGCGACACCCACGAGGGAGCCUCCAAGUCGCUCCAAUCCCUCUAAUCGCCGAUACCGCUCACCGCCGGUCAGCCAUGACUCGUCCGUUCGUUGAAGUUCGCGCACCACAACCGGUACCGGGGAUCCUGUGACGAGGGGUGUCCUUACGGUGCGGUGAGGGGACCUCCGCUAUCUACCUACUUAUCUUACCGGGUGUGCCUUUCGACGAAUUCGUGUUAUUGGGAUUGGGAACUCGUGAACAACGUCAUCAUCAUCAUCGUCGUCGUCGCCGUCGCUGUCGCCGCUAGCGGACUUUAACUGGGGAUCUCGUACUUCAUAAGAAAAUUUUCUCAUGCAACUGAAAGUGAAAAUCAUGACGACGAGGCGUGUAUAAAUAUAGAUAUAUACACCCGUUAACACGAAACGUGGGUUCGAUUUGAAGGCAUAGAGACGCAGCAACGGAGGAUAGACUGGCAACAAAGAAACAGAAGCGGAUACAACAUGUCAGAUGAGGAAGACAAACCCCCUGCACCUCCUGUUCGAUUGACAUCAAACAGGGGUGAAUCUGCGCCUAAUUUACCAGUGGACAUGCGUCCGCUGCCUAAGGAACCAGACUCUGAUGAACGUAAGAAAAAGACAUUGAAGGGCAAGAUGAAGGUGAAGGAGAACAAGGACAAGCCCAACAUCAGUUACCCUACGAAUUUCGAACACACUGUACACGUGGGAUUCGACGCUGUGACCGGUGAAUUUACGCUGCCACUGAAAGGUAUGCCGGAAGCGUGGGCGAGACUGCUUAUGUCUAGCAAUAUCAGUAAACAAGAGCAGAAGAAGAAUCCACAGGCUGUUUUGGACGUAUUAAAUUGGUACGAUAGUAGCAGUAAAGAAGCGAAAGGUUCUAAAUACAUGACUACGACUAAGAUGGUCGGGGUAGUUGCACCAAUCGAAAGGGCGAGUAGUCCUCGAAGUAUGGGAAUAGGUAUCAAUACGGGGGUGGGGAAUAUUCGCGGGCAGGCAAUGUCCCAAGCGUCUGGCAGCUCGCAUUCUCAGCAAUCGUUGAGCAGGCUGAGCAGCAGUAGUCCGAGUAGCACACCAACGGACGCGUGUGCAACCAGCUCGGAGCAGGAGGACGAGCCGCCGCCUCCGCCCAUCUCCGCUCGACCGGAACGCACGAAGUCAAUCUAUACGAAACCCAUAGAAGAGGAACCACCGCCUCCGUUAACGACUGCGCUGGGCUCACCGCAACGAAACGGCAUGCAACAGCAGCAACAACACCAGUCUCAAUUAGAUAGAAAUAAGAAUCAAGCGACACCGACGUCAACGACGACCGAUCAGACACGGCCCGCGCAAGGUGAUAAAGCUAGGAAGAAGAAGAUGUCAGACGACGAGAUAUUAGAGAAACUUAGAACAAUCGUGAGCGUGGGAGAUCCUAAUAGAAAGUACACUAAAAUGGAGAAAAUAGGACAAGGUGCCUCGGGGACGGUGUAUACGGCAAUAGAAACGUCCACUGGCAUGGAGGUUGCGAUAAAACAAAUGAAUCUGUCGCAGCAACCAAAAAAAGAGCUUAUAAUAAACGAGAUUCUAGUGAUGCGGGAGAACAAGCAUCCGAACGUUGUAAAUUACUUGGAUAGUUAUUUAGUAGGGGAAGAACUGUGGGUAGUCAUGGAAUAUUUGCCAGGUGGCAGUUUGACCGAUGUUGUGACUGAGACUUGUAUGGACGAAGGUCAAAUUGCCGCGGUGUGCAGAGAAGUUCUGCAGGCGCUGGAGUUCCUUCAUUGUAAUCAAGUUAUACACAGGGAUAUUAAGUCCGACAAUAUCUUGCUCGGUCUUGACGGCGGAGUGAAGCUGACGGAUUUCGGUUUUUGUGCGCAAAUCUCGCCGGAACAGAACAAACGGACGACCAUGGUCGGUACACCAUAUUGGAUGGCGCCGGAGGUGGUAACGCGAAAACAAUAUGGACCUAAGGUCGAUAUAUGGUCGUUGGGAAUAAUGGCAAUUGAAAUGAUAGAGGGAGAACCACCGUAUCUAAAUGAGAAUCCGCUGAGAGCGUUAUAUUUGAUCGCAACGAAUGGCAAGCCGGAGAUCAAGGAGAAGGAAAAGUUGUCGCCUUUAUUUCAAGAUUUCCUAGAUCGAUGUCUAGAGGUUGAAGUGGAGAAACGAUCCGGAGCUUCCGACCUAUUACAGCAUGCUUUUCUGGGUUUAGCCAGGCCACUGGCUUCGUUAACACCUUUAAUAAUGGCGGCGAAGGACGCUGCCAAAGGUAAUUAAGACAGUGGUGUGUUAGGUUAUAGUCAUAAAACCUGACUGUGUAAGAAUGGUUAUAUGAACGAUGAAAAAAUGGAAAAAAAAGGAAAAGGAAAUAAUGAAUCACCCUCCCAAAACGGAAACGGCACAAUAAUUUAAUAAUAUAUAACAAAUAAUGAAUAAACAUAUAUUAUAUAAAUGUAUAUAUACAUACGCAGGUACAUGUGCAUAGUGAUGUAUGUAUAUGCAUAUGUAUGUAUGCAUGUAUGCGUACGUAUGUGUAUAUUGUAUGUAUACAAUAUACGUGUACACAAACGUAUGCAUAUAAAAAUUAUGUAUGCAGAGAGAAAGAGAGAAAGAAAGAAAGAAAGAAAGAAAGAAAGAAAGAGAGAGAGAGAGAGAGAGAGAGAGAGGCCAUAGAUAGAUAAAACUUAUUCGAUACCGUUACGAAGUAUCGAGAAGCGAGUUGCAAAGUUUUUAAAAAUGCUCGAUUCUCGCAUGUUGCGAGCGAACAAAGUUAAAUCAGAGUUAAAUCAGAUCGUUUUACGAGCGAUCUGAUGGCAGAAAACCUUGUUUUCCUCGAUAAGUCCAAUUACGAUUGAGUGCAAUGGACUCCACGACGUUUUAAUUUAGUCUGCGAGAGAAAUUAAAGAGGAAAUAGAAAACCGUACUUUACUUAUAUCGUACCGUGUGCGCUGUAGCUUGAUGAGCCCCUGCCGCAAUUUUGGAUUGUCAUCGAGGAAACACAAGUGAUUGUCAGUUAUUUUCUAAAAAUAUAAAACUAGUAUUAUUAACUCUUAAAAAAAAAAGAAGGAAAGAAGGAAAAAUGUGGAAAUCUGUGGGAUCGCGGAGUUAGAAACAGACGCAUAUUAUUUAUAGCGAAAAUUUUACUAGAUAAUACCACAAACAAAUGUGAACAAGUACAUAGAACCUAUUCUAAUACAUUUAUUAUUGUUUGACGAGAAAUUGCGGACAGAGAAAAAGAAAUUGGUCUUCGUAUUGGACUGAUAUUUUUUGAAGAAGGUUGCGGGGAGCGGAGCAAUAUGUUUUCAGUGUUUCGGUCUGUCAGAGCGACGAUAGACGUGUAAGCAGUAGCCUAACUUGUUUUAAAUGUUCUCAAAAAUCGCGUCCCGCGCGCGAUCGCUCAGCAUCUAAUCCGUUAUCCUAUUACGUCUCCUUGCAUUACAAACAUUAAUCAUCUUGGUUGAUUCCUAGUGUACAAAAUAUCGGAACUUCGACAUUGUAUCGACGACCGACUUAGAGAGAUUGAUUGAUUCACACGUGCAUCUAUAGCCGGUUGCAUCAACGAUUGUUUUGCGAGGUUCGUUUAAAAGCCGCUGACUUAGAAUUUCAUAAUGAAAAGAUGAGUAUUUUAUCUCAUUUGCGCAAUUAGAAAACAAAAAGUAAAAAAAAAAUUAU